UCUCAACAUCUCCCUAUACUCAAGUAGAAUAUUUUGCUGAAGAACCUUUCUGUAAAUCAAUUAUAUGAAAGCCCUUAACUAGGGAGUAAGUUGCCAAAGUAAUUUCUAGAUUAGGCAUUAUUUACUAUGUAUAAGAUAUUUGGGGGAGGCACAAAAAUAUGUUUUAUGUGGGGGGCGGGGGGAUUAAUUUGGAGAUUUUCAAUUAUAUGACUCUCUUCAAAAAUGUGGGGUGUUUUAUUUUGAAAAGGCAGAGGAAGUGGGUUGCAUUCUGAAACAGUAUUUUAAGUUAUUUCCAUGUAAAAGUUUUAGUUCAAUUUAAAUAAAACCAGUUAAGGAAACUUAAGUUUAAGAAGUCUCACUUCCUGUGAAAUGUGAAAGGAAGUAAGUCCACACUGACUGUAGAAAUCCCAUUAUAAGAGCAGAUCCACCCCUUAAGGAGGUGACUUUGAAAACCAUUACUAUGUGCUCAGCCAUAUGCAAGGCACUGGGAAUGAGAAGAUGACACAUCUUUAUGCACUAGGGUUGUGUCAGGUAAUAAGUAAUAAAACAGAUUACUAUAAGGGCUCUGAAAAAAAAGUCAUUUGGGUUCUAGUCUUAGUAGUGUUUCAAGAAAACUAUUUAAGUUGCAGGCUUUAACAUCCUGCCUUCUCUAGAUAUGUGCACAAGAGUCACCUUUAAAAAAGUGGUGUUGUCACGCCUACGUGAGCCAAGGUGGGAAGGAGAUGUUUUCCCAUGCCAGUGUAAAGGGCUGUCCACACGGAUUCACACCCCUUUCUCAGACUGAAUUGCCCACUGCCUAAAACCCCUCCUACAGAAAUUUCGGAGUCAUCACUGAUUUCAAUGGUAGCCCCAGCCUAACAGAGUGAUGAAUUAAUUAUUAAACAUGAAAUAGGAUAGAGAGUUUAGAGCAAAUGGCAACAUUUUGGAAUAAAUAACCUUAAUGUGUAGUCUGCCUGUUAACCUAACUGGCCCUCGUUUUACAGAUCACUUGCUUCUCUUGGAAGCAGUAUAGCCAAGGGGAGGAAGAAUAUCUCUGGGAUUUCAGCCUGGAAGAGGAAGAAUUCAGGCCGCCAGAACUGGACUAGCACUACUGAAUAUCCCCAGAGGCUCAGUCCUGUGACUUCCUUGGGAAUCUCUGCCGCCCCCCACCCAAUGGGCUGCUAGAGUCCUGGUGCCACCCACAUCUAGGGCCCAGAUCCUGCUUCGAUGUAGGGGAGGGGGCCUGUGGGAGUCGAUUGUGGCCCCUGCUUGGGGAAGGGAAGCUUGGGUUGGUUGAUUGUGGGAAAAGGCUCCCCGCGAGCCUAAUAAAGGUUGAGCCUAAUAAAGGUUGCGUAAUCAAAGAUGUCAUAAUCAAGGUGUCAUAAAUAAAGGGUGGGGCGGGGCCACUGAGGUUUCCCAGGCGGCGCCUCAAGGGGCUGCCAUAAGGGUUAGGCUCCCACAGGUGGUUAGGCUCCCACAGGCGCGCCCCGCGCCCCAUUGGCCUGGGUCGCUGUGCCCCGAAGCCUCCGCACGUCAUGUCCCUGCUGCGCCUCUGGGCACCAGGGCUUCUCCUCACGUGGCAACCAUUGUGGCUGCUGGUCCAGGCAGCUCAGCCUCUGGAGUCGCCCCAGGACCCUCUCCAGCUGACCGCUGAGCACCCAGGGCCUAUCAAGCCCUGGUCUCUGCUCUCCUCUGAACUCCCACCCUUAUCGCCCCAUGCGCUUACACCCCCGGCAGACCCGGGAGGCUUUGAUGACCUGGGGUCCUCUGCUCGCUCCCAGAUGUUGGACUCACCACGGAAGUUAACUGACAGUUUGCUUCCAUUCUUGGGCAGGGUUUCACCUGGAGAGCCGCCCCCAGAGGUGGAUCAGUUUGCUGUUCCACGUCAGGAUCUGCAUCAAGACAAACUAAUUCGGCAAGAGAGGCUCCCAGAAUUGGUUCCAAUGCUCAACUAAAGUAAGAUUCAUACUGUCAAUCUAGAUCAGUCUACAGAUCACCAGUCAUUUGAAGUACUUGUUCCACCUCUAGAUAGUCAGAGUGCAAAAGCAGCAAAGUUUAUUGUUUCACCACUGAAUCUGAAGAAGGAUGUAGCUCAGCAUCCGAGAUUUGCUAAAGUUGUUGGUGGAACUCCAAAGCAAUUUGCAAAACUUCAGCUUCAGAACAACUUGCAGGAUGAUUAUGUGUAUCCAAGUACAGAUGUAGCUUCUUCUGGCAACCUACCUCCGGAAUCCCAGGAGAACUCAGAGGAGUCUCCAGAAACUCCUGACCAGGUUGAACCUUCUGUGGAGGCCCAAGAGACUCCUGAGGAGCUCCAGUCCUCUUCGUCCCAGCAAGAAGUUCCUGAGGACCAGGAGGCUCGAGGUGAAGCAUCAAUGCAUCAUAAGCUUUCAUCUCUAAGAAGUGACACUCAGCCGGUUGUCACAAGUAAACCUGCAGAUCUGGUUACCGUAACUCCGCAGGCAGAUAAAGAGAUUCACCUUCCUUCAGGCCAGGAGCAGGCCGCAACCCAGCCUUCAGAGGGUCUUGAAGUAGUAGAACCUUCAUCAACCCAACAAGAGGCUCCAGCUCAGACUUCAGAGCUCUCUGAGGCCCCAGUUCAGCCUCCAGAGUAUGCGGAGGAGGUAGAACCUUCUCUAACCCAGCAAGAGACCCCAGCUCAGCCUCCGGGCCCUCCUGUGGAGACUGAACCUUCUCUCAGUGAGCAAGAGACCCCAACUCAGCCUUCUGAGUCUCCUGGGGAGGACCAGUCUUCUGAAAGCCAGCUGGAAGUACCGGUGCAAUCUCUAGACUUGCCCAGUGUGACCGGUGAACCUGCAGAUGUACUAAUGACUAUAACACCUGAACCCACUACAGAGCUGGGAACUUCUAUGAUCAAUGGUGAGGUUAUAGUUCUUCCCUCAAUUCCAACUAAUGAGUCAGGACCUUCUGCAUCCCAGCCUGAAGCCCCAACUGUGCCUCCAGAGCUCCCUAACGAUGUAGGUCAAUCUCCAGAAGGUGAGGAUGUGACAGGUUCUUCUCUAGGUUCUGAUCAAGCUGAGUCUCCUACUCCAGAAUUGAAUAAUGAGGUUGAAACUUCAGCGCAACAGGAGACCCUAGAUGAGUCCUCAGUGUCCCCUGAGCAGUUGGAACCUCAGCCAAGCCCCCCUCUAGAGGAGGAACAACCUCCAACUGAUCAAGAGGUCCCCAGUCAGCUUGAAGAGCUGCCUGAGGAAUCUUUAUCAAGUCAGCAGGAGAGCUCAUCUCUGCCCUCAACGCCCCCCGUGAGUGCUGAACUUCCACCAGUCCAGGAAACACUCCCAACUAAACCUCCAGAAUCCACAUUUGUCCCGACUAUUGCUUCCUUCAGUGAUUCCAUGUCAUUUUCACCUCAAGAUCUAGAAGUAAUGUUCAGAAGUGGGUCUUCAAAUUUGCCUAAAACCACAGUUCAACAUGUGGCUCUGAUAGUUACUGUACCUUCAGAAGCCACUAAAGAAGUUGAGCCAGUUUCCACCCAGCAAGUUACAUUUUAUCCAACCCAGUCUAAUGCCCCUUCCCAGUCUCCAGGAUUCCCUGAAAACUUUGGAUUUUCUUCAGCCCAACAAGCAACCACAACUCAGAUGGAAACUUCAACUGAGGUCCUAAGUCAGAAUCAAGCUCAGGAUUUAACAUCACCCAGUGUUACAUUUCAACCUUUGGACCUGGAACUCACCUCAACUCCAAAACCCACUAAACGUUCUAGAGCGAAGAAGAAGCCUGUAGCUCUUUCAUCGUUCCCUAUAGCUAUUGGAACGUUCUCUAUAUCUCUUCCAACGGUCCCCGUAUUUGUUUUUCCAACCAUGCAGAAAACCUCAACUUUGCUUCCAAAGUAUCAAGAAGGAAUAAUUCCAACACAAGAAACUUCAACUCAGCCACAGGUCCUAACUGAGAAUCAAGUUCAUUAUUCAACAGUACCCAGCUUCGCAUUUAAACCUGUGGAAGUGGAACUC